AUGCUGCCGGUGACAUUACGGAGGAGAGCGCUCCUCCUGUUAAGGAAUCACAAUGCUACAAAGGCGAGGAGCCUAGCCCAACGGCGAACGUUGGUAUCAGCUCCUAAACCCGGCGAUGGGCCGCUAAUGGAGAGGCGAGCAGAUCGGGAGCUUCCCAAUAUUGAGAGCUUCCGGUGGUCGCGGAGUCUCCCCAUCUUCCUCGCUCUGAUCGCCGUUUCCAGCUUCGCCAUCUUCAACUACCAGAAGCUGUCGAGCCCCGUCGUGGCCUCAACGCUAUACGCCCUGCGCACCAACAAGAAGGCGCGCGAGAUCCUGGGCGACGAGAUCUACUUCAAGCACCAGAUCCCUUGGAUCUCGGGAGAGAUGAACCAGCUGCGUGGCCGCAUCGACAUCAGCUUCGCCGUUAAGGGCACGCGGUCCACGGCCGUCAUGCGCUUCGCGAGUGUGCGGCCCUCAGCCCGUGCCAUGUUCGAGACCACCGAGUGGAGUCUCGAGACGCCUGAUGGUGCGCGCAUUGACUUGCUCGACGGUGGUGACCCGUUCAAAGGUAUUGCUGGCUAUGGUAUGGAUGAGGAGGAGAAAGAGGCGGCGUUGGAGACGAGGGGCUUCCGGCAGCAGCUCAAGUAA